CAGACUUGGUUUGCUGUAGAGGCUAUCCCAAUCUACGCUGUCGUAGGUCUCGCUUGCGGCGGCGCUGGCUGGUACGUGUCCCGCUUGGCCGCCACCCGACGUCGUCUGGGACCGCAAGAACAACCCGACUCCUUGGAACGAUGUUACGCCGAACAUGAACACAAAUUGAUGGAUCACAGUGGAACACUUUCCGACAGCUGGGUUCGUCGCCGCUUGUAAACCGUUUCUUCACUAUCAAACGACUGCAAAUAUCAUUUCGCUGUCGCACAUGUUUCUUUGCAUCGCACGUUUGUACUUCCGGAUCCGUUCUGACAGUCUCAUAAUCACACCGCCUAUUUGUCAUAUUCAACACUAAUUCCUUUUCUGAGCCGAGCCUUUGCUUCCAUUAUGUAACGUGUGAAAAGUUACCUCAUGAAGUGAGACUAGAAAAACAAGAGGCCCCAGGAUCGUCACCACCAAAUAGUUACGUACAACCACAAAGUCGAGCAUACGGA